AUGCUUACGGAGGUCAACCCUCGUCGGACGGACGUAGCCCAUUGGCUGAGACAGAAGGAUAAUCCGUGGGUUGGAAUGUCCGUCUUUGAUUUCUCAGUCACGGAGCUUUUCUCCAAUCUCGUUGUCACUAAGGCUACGACUCCCGUUGGAGAAGGCGUCGUCUUCCUGGAGGAACUACGGACAGAAACCUUCACGAACACUAAGCGACUGAUGGACCAGUGCUUCUUGAUUCGUAUUUCAACUAAGGAUGGAGGCAAGAACCUCUCCUUCUAUCACGACGCGAAAGACAUGACUGAGGUCCUGCUCACGGCGGAUGCGCUUAAUGCCUGGAUAAACCCGGAACUUAUUGGCACCAUCGGACGGUGGAAGCUUCCUCAGGAAAGGUUGAAGAAAAUCCUUGUCUUGCCGAAGAUUCGGGUGCCGAUAACCCGAAAUGAUUCCUUAGCGAAGAACUGCAGCCUUCGAGCGUUCGCCAGUCUUUACAAAGAGGAUGAAGCGGAAAAUCCGAAAUACUUAGAAAUCUGCUACGACUCGCCGCGCGAGGACGACCUCAACAUAAGUCUUUGGGAAGCCGAGAACUUGAAUGCGAUCACUAAGGCUCAACGGAAAUGGUUCGAGCGAGACCCAGCGGGAAAACUGAGAUCCCCGGCGCCGGCUGACCCAAAGAAGCUACUGGACACGAGCACUUCAGCCUUGAUCCGCUGGUGGACCAAACUUCUGAUGAAGAAAGAUACUCAGGCAGGCCAUCUCGACUUAGAUAUCUCCACCUUGCUCACUGAGGAAGAUUUGGACGACAUCUUUCGGUGGACCGAAACCGUGGACCAAGCGGAUUUCAAUACCCAAAAUUUAACUAAGUUCCUCGCGUCUCGAUGGAUAAAGCGAACCCGACCACACACCCGCAGAAUCUGGUAUGAGAAAGACUACGUGGAGAAACUAAAAGAAACAGGCGGAAACCUAAGAGAAACUACGAAUCCUGAGAUAGUUGAAAAGCUAUACAAGCUCGCUGACUGCAUUCGAAUUGACCCGGGUAACCAAUUCUGGAGAUUCACCGCGGCAUGGCUGAGACAAGUUUACCAACUAAGUUACAGCUGGCACAAAAGCAUGCAGCAGAACACUGAGGAAAUCCCGGAGACUCUUUUCUUCUUCGAGAACGGCGCAGAUUUGACCAGACGCAAGAAGGAGAAAGAUGAAUACCUGAGCCCGAUUCCCUCCGUCAUUGAAGAAACGUCUUCGACCCCGACGGCCUGGUUGCUUAUUGACACAGCCCCGCUGCAACUGGUUUUGAUCAACUUAGAAUACGAUAAGGAAAGAAUCACUCAGGAAAUGUGGAUCUGGCAGAAGCUGGCCAAGACGAUGGGCGUCAAGAAAGAAGUCCAAGAGUCGAUUCGACGAUGGAUAGCCACAACUCAGAGACAGGGCUUUCGCCAAGCUGCGGAUGAUUGGAAAAACUUAGUGGAGAAAGUUAACGAUCGUAACUGCGAAGGAAACCUGAGGGUGUUAAUCGAACCAUGGGCAAAUUCGACCGACGAACAAAUGUUGAAGAACAUCCGACAGACUCUGAUUUACUUAGCAAACGACGACAUCAUGGUCACCAGAGCCCGACUUAGAAAAAUCCUAGGAAAGCAGAGGGUUUCAAACGAAGUUAUCAACUUUGAAGAUAUUGAAACGGUCGAGGCUGACUCCCUCCCAUACGAUUUUACGACUCAGAUUCUCAACGGCGGCCCAGUCAGAGUCUUCCAAACUUCCUCAGAACACAGACCGGGCAUCUGCAGAGUCAUCGGCUGUUCUCGACGCAGCGGAAACUUUCAGUGCUGCAACAAGUGCGGACAAGCCCUCCCGAUGAUUUUCGACAACCUGAGAGACUCAAGAAUGGUCGUCGACCUAUCCCAACCCACUGAGAAGAAAGUAAUUGCGCGGGAGCGAUGGACGGAACCGAAAAUCAUGAACGACGUUCACCCACACACCCGAGCUGAAAUCCACGCCGACAUCAUCGACAUUCAAUCCACUCAGAGGGAAAUGGGUGGCGCCCGCGACAAAAUUGCGGCGAUUCUGGCUGAGAAAUAUCUGUCAGGAGUUCAACGAGACUGGGGCCACUCGUAUUACCGCAAUAAUGAAAAUCUACUGAGAAAUAUGAGGGACUUCGCGGAAAACUUCCAAACCCUUAAGGAAAAAGCUCACUGGUGCUGCCUUCAAGAGCAAACGGAAGGCGUGGCGAUCCUCUUUCCUCUACUCAGCAUCAACGACGAUGGCAAAAGAAAAUACGCCGACCCUCUCUUAGUCCAGAUAACUAAGGGAUCUUACUCGAGAGGGAUCCUGCUCCGCGAAUUACCCGACAACACUGAGAAACUCUGGACUAAAACUAAGUUUAAACUGAGACACGUGGACGUCCUGGCCUUCAUCGACCAAGUCUCCCAGCUCGCUGAAAUGUACGACGCUGAAAACUACCUCCCUGAGUUCGAAGUAAUGCGCGACAUUAUCACUAAGCAAAAGGGAAUCGACAUCGCCAUCCUGACCGAAACACACAGGGAAUUCGAAAAACUCUCAAAUCUCCUGCUACGAGAAUUGGUCGACGACGUGGAAAACAGGGGGGCCAGAACCCAGUACCCACAAAUCUUAGGACACGGCUCAGUAUAUGGUUUCUCAGUAAUUGACCGUUUUGAUGGCCGAUCGAAACAAACCAAAACUUUCCUCAGACCAGUCCAAAAAGGCGCUCAUCUUGGAAUGCCGAAAUCCGUGGACAAACACGAAUCUCAGUCACUCCUGAACUUCCUGAGCAACUUAGCAGUCGCAAGAAACACCGUCAACGGUUGUCAUCCUGAGAACUUGAUGGGCAUCACAACCUGGAGCGUUUUGGGAUCUUCUCAGGGAGCGGAAUGGGCACGACAAGAAGAGGUGGUUGCCUUCAUGGCAUUGAUCAUCGAUCAUGCAGACCGUGCCAUCCUGAGAUUUUGGAAAAUUGAAGAAGCUGAGUUGAUCUACAAGGAUGGAGUUUUCAAACCAACUGAGGAAACUCCUGAAAUUACUAAGAAGAAGAUGGCAACUUCUCAGGCGCCACGCGAAUUACAAGCUCAGCGGGAAGAAACCCUCUGGAAUAAACUGAGAAGUCACACGUUGUGGCCCCGCCGUUUCUUAGAAUCGAUCCGACAGUACCUUCAGCCAGACGGCCGAGUGGGAAAGCGCCUGUUGAAGCAGAUUCUUCAUGACUUUAAUCGCUUCUAUCUUACAGGAUACAUGGGCCAGAAGAGAGCCCUCAUCCCGAUAAUGGAACGAUACUUUCAACUCAGAGAUGAUGCGAGGAACACGAGAAAUCGCCCACGGGAUCCGACGAACAGACCUUUCCCUUCUAAGACUUGGCACAAACGCCAACGAACGACCCGCAAAAAGCUCGACAAAUUCGGUUUCCCGGAACCGGGCGAUGACUCAGAUUGCUCAGAUUAUAGCUCAGGCGAAAACGACCCCGAACCAAAUUACGAUACGGGACUUACAUAUGUAGCCGACUCAGCAUCGGAACUAUCCGACACUAGCUCAGACUCAGACUCGAACUCAGAGGAUGGAGAAAGAAGCCUUCGCGUGGAAGAAUCCUUGUCGAAUGAAGAAAUUCCCCCAGCCUUGGUGAGACUGGAGGAUGCAGGAUCACCGAACUUACCUCAGCUGGAAGAUGUUCCCGAGCCACCACCGGCCUCAAUGAGGGAAGAAAUCGAAAAACUUAGUCAGAAAACUCAGAAGAAUCACCCAGAGCCCGAACAACCUGGCGGUUUCAACAAAGAAAGAUACUUCGAGAUGCUGAAAGAAGAAAGGCACGCAAGAGUGCUAGCUGGCGAACUUUCUCACCUUUAUUUAUCUAAGGAAACAGAGGAUAAAGCUAAGCAAGAAGCGAGGGAUUUCUUCGCACGAAAAGCCCAGGAGUACGCGAAAAGAAAUGUGGCAGCGGGGAUGAGCUCAGAAAGCUCUUCUUCAUCGUCCUCAAACAGCGAAAGUCCUGAAGAAGAUGAGAUUGUCAUGGUCCCAAGACUGGAAGACGACUCCGGCUCGUCUUCGGAUUCCUCAGUGGCAACAGUCAUCGAUCAAACUGAGUUUAGAAGGCGACAAGAAGCGAUCCAGAAGAUCUCCGACGUCCAGCGAAUCGAAACGGAUGAUAGACAACGGGAAAAUUUAACUAAGAAAAUCCUUUCGCGAGAACUGCUUGGCGAAACUAAGAAAGAAGAUGGACUUUCGGGGUCACGAAAGAACGCCGGAGCAGCCGGAAAACUUGCAACUGAGAAAGAGUUAGAGGAAAUCACUGAGGACAUGAGCAAACUGAGCGUCAGCAAGAGCGAGAACUCGGGAAACGACUCGAAACCGACACCUAGAAAUCAAAAUCUGCUCUUCGAUGAAGCUAGACAGCUGAGACAAGGUACGGGUGGAGAGAGACCCGAGAGAAGAUUCAGAUUCGCCGAUAACUCAUCAAGGGAGCGACAACUAAGCGAAGUUCGUGUGAUUCAGCGAUUGAACUACCGACGAAUGUUCGACUCAGCGGAACUGAACCAAAACGAGGGUCCGUCUUAUUUGCCUGAGGAAGAAGACGGUUCACUUCCAGAAGUUCCAGCCGGCAUUUACGGUCAGAGCUCGAGAUUUACACGCCGGGGACCUACUGGCGAGUCCGAGCGAGAAAUCCUACGACUAAGACAGAUCGGAAUCACCAGGGAAGCCCAAGCAGUCGAAACAGCCGCCUCCACGUGGUCCGAAACUCAGGUCAAGAGGAUUGAAAUGGCCGCUUAUACGGUCACGACCCUUUACAACUCAGUCACAGAUGAUGUGCUCUUACAGGCACAAGACGACUUGGCACGUUUUGCCUUAGAAGACGGCGCUCAACUCACACGCUUACUUCACCAACUAAGUUUAACUCGAAGAGACGCCUUUUUCAACCCGUCAGUUUUGCGGCUCUCUAUUUACCACGCGCUCAGACGAAUGCAGAAACUGCAUAACUCGAUUCCCCCAACUCAAACUGAGCAAGAUCAAGAGCCUCAACUUGGAACAAGCGGCUCAGUGCAGGAAAAACUCAGUGAUAGCGGAGAAUGUACGAUCAAGGUGUUGCAAGAACAAGUCAUCACUUUGCAGGCGCAAGUCAAGCUUGUCGACUCGGUGGUCAAAAAUCAAGCACACCUGGAGAAUUCCGUGGAUACCUUAGCAAACCAACUUCACUUAGCACACCAGCACAACGACACGGUGGUCCCGACAGACUACACACGCGAUUUAACUGAGAUUGAAAAAGAAACCGGCCGUUUCUCGAAACCGAUCGAAAUUUCGGUUCAACAGGCUUAUAGAGUCGAAGCAACUUACACUCAGAUGCUGGCCCUAACACUGGGAAGAGAAGCUAAAUGUCUCUACGCGGCAACACGUUUCUCCCUGUACGAUCUUUUUCCCAAUCUUACCUCAGAACAGACAAUGGUAAAGAAAGUCCCACUCGACGCCAGCAUCUAUAAAGAAUUUGCCGACGUCAAUGCACUACUUAGAGAACUCAUGGACGAACGCAAGGAGAAACGAACGUGGUCUUUAAAUCUGAGAGAUGGCCUUUUUAUCGUAGCACGAAACACCUACCAAGCCUUCUUCGUCGAUCUUCUCCGGGCAGUCACGGCCCCAAACAUCUUCGAGCUGUCCCUGGGAACUUUAUCUCACUUAGUCAGAACAUCGAAGGAUGGCCUACAACGUUUAUUCGGACGACACAAUAACACCGUCUACAGAAUGGACGACUGGCUGAGAAUGUCUGAGAGCCCUACUUUUACCAGACAGAACGCACUACAAGAACUAAGAAACCUCUUCCCACUCAAGUCGGAGACAUCGAAGAUGGUUUUCACAGCACUGGCCUUGGAUAAAGCAGAUGAGGCUCUCGCAGCCGGCAUCGAUGAUUGGCAUGCCACGUCCUCGAAAUACGACUUAGAAGAAGAAGGAGAAAUCCCGACGACUACUUAA